AUGCGGGAUGUAAAAGCGUGUUUAAUAUGUCUCUCAACGGAUGUGAAAUUGUUUAGUAUUGAUAAAAAUCAAUUACGGCAACAAUACAAUUUGAUAACAAGCUUGCAGAUAAAGAAGGGCAAUGGAAUGCCUGAAUAUUUAUGUUUCCAAUGCACUAAAUAUGUAAGGAACUUUAUAAAGUUUCGUGAUAAAUGUCAUAGAGCUUAUUUUGUUAUGGAAGAAUUACUUCAUAAAGAGAAAGAGAUAAAUACAAGUAGAUUAGAGGCACUGGAUCAUCACUUGAUCAGUAUUAAACCAUAUUUAUCAUAUCUUGAUGUAAGUAAAGCACAUUAUGAGGAAGUCAAGUUUCAGUGGAUCAGGAAUAACCGUUUAAUAUUUAUGACAAACGAUGUUAUACCAAUUGUUAACUACACAACUCUCACUAAAGAUCAAAUGUUUGAGAAAACUAAUGCAAACAACCAGGAAACGAAUUUACAAAGUAAUCAAUCAAUAAAAAAAGAGAAAAUAGAAAUGCUGGAAAUUGAUUUGAGUGCACCUGUGGAACCUUGUGGUGCUAGAAUCAGCAAUAAAUGCGAAAAAUCCGCAUCUAGUUGUAACGCUGAUAACUCGCUAAUGUCUGAUGAUAAUGAUAAUUAUGUGGAUAGUGAUAUAGAAGGGAGCAAUCAAGAUGCAACAAAUAAUCAGGAAGCUGAUGGAAGUGCCCUGGAAACAGAAUAUGCAAGUAUGCAUCCAAUCUCAAGAAAUGAAGCUCAAGCGGCUAACGAAAUACUUAAAACGUUGAGUGCUGGCAAACAUAAAUGCGAUAUAUGCAGUAGAUCUUACCAUAAUGAAAAUCGUUUGAAAAUACAUAUGCGUAUGCACAAUCAGCAUGCCAGUGGGAAUUUUUGCUGCGAACUCUGUAAUUUUUAUUACAAAUCGAAUUUCUUGCUAAAAUCACACAUGACUGAAAAACACAUGUACAAGUAUGUGUGUAAGAAGUGUCCAGAAGUUAGUUUCGAUAGAACAUCAGCUAAGCAGCAUUAUAUUUGGAGUCACAUGCAGAAACGGCAGAAGACUAAAGAAGAAUGGCAGCGUUCACGGCCUAAAUGGUUAAGUAAUAAAGGUGGUGCUCGGAUGAAAGGCAUAUGUGCAGUUCGACCAACGGCCAAAAAACGCACUAAACUGCCUGACGACUUCCUAGUUUACAGUCCAGUGAGCCAAGAGGAACAGUACCGGUUAGUUAAGGAGAGGAAGAACUCCAGAAACUACCUCGAGGCAAGGUUCAAAUGUGAACUAUGCUUCAGAGGUUAUAGAGAACAAGAUACUUACAAUAAACACAUGAGGAAACAUGAUCCAGCAUAUUCUGGUAACGCGCAAUGUGAUAUGUGCAAAUUGUACUUCAAGGAUGCUAGAAAAAUGUACAAACAUAUGAACAUUACGCAUCUAUUCAAAUACACUUGUCAAAUGUGCAAUUUCGUGUGUUUCAACAAGGGUCAAGCACACAUGCAUUACAGAUGGCACAAAAACGUAACUUAUUCGUGUCCGCAUUGUUCCAAAGAGUUUAAAAAGGCGUCGACAAGGUUAACCCACAUAAGAAUAAAGCACCCGUCGUCUUUCAUCUGCAACCUCUGCGGGCACAGCUUCGUCAGCGAUUCUGGCCUCUACUGUCACAAGCAAAUGUCACACACCGCAGAGGAAAUAGAAGCGUUCGCACAAGUUCCCGUUGACACUAACAGUCCGUACUACUGCCAGGACUGUGAUGUCAUGUUUGUGAGUCAAACCGCCUACGAUACUCACCUGGGCAGCUCGAAGAAGCACGCGGUCACCAAUUUCUCCAUAAAUAAUAUACAAAGGGAGCGAGCUCGCGAAGCUCGUUUCGCCAGAACACCUUACAAACGUUCCGCCGGUCGACCGAGGAAAUCCGGCAGUUCUUCCGAAAUACUCAACAACGGAGUAGCUACUUCCACCAACUGCGAGAUUUGCAACAAAUUUCUCGUAAACGACGUGCAAGCCCGCAAGCACUACGAAUCGGAGCAUCCCGGCGCCGAUUUCCUGAAGCGGUACAUGUGCGAUGUCUGCGGCCACACCACCAAGCAAUACGCUAACUUAUUGGUCCAUAUGCGAACGCAUACAAACGAAAAACCUUACCAGUGCCCUCAUUGUGACCGGCGCUUCAGUAUGCCCAGCAAUAGGGACCGGCAUCUAGUGGUUCACACUGGUGAGAAGCGAUACCAAUGCCAACACUGCAACAGGCGUUUCACCCAAAGCAGUGCCGUUAAACUUCACAUACAAACGGUGCAUUUGAAGAUUCCAUACGCUCCAUGGGAUAAGAAGAAUAGGAAACGACGCAAGGAAUUGGAAGGAACCUCGGCCCCUGUAAGCGCCGUCAACGUUCCUCUACAACCUGCGCCCAAGAUAAUAAUGGAUCAAGACUAUUUGAACGCUUACAUUAACUAUAAUGAUGAAUAA